AUGGGUAGCGUCGAUGCCGCGCCAUCGGAUGUCAUAUCGUCCUAUUCCGUCCCUGCUGAGUCCAGGAAGCUGUUGAUCAGCGCGUUGCUGGAGAAUCCAAAGAUCGCAAAGGACAUUCCCCAGGAAGCUCGUGAAUUCGCCUCGCGCAUCACCUUCACGGGCACCGACCUCCCCUCGAUUCCCAUCAAUUGGCGUUUCGCCGAGUCCGCGGCGAGUCUGAAGGCCUUUGAAGCAUGCAUCGUCUACGCGCUGGUGAAGCGCAAAUACAAUGUGGAACUCACAGGGGCCGAGAUCAAUACGGACCAUGCCCAGCUGUUCUUCAUGUCGACGCUUCUCUGGCAGAUUCACCCGGACACAGACCGCACCAUCUCCAUGUCCAAGAAUAGCGACAAGUUGGACGACAUAAUCCCCAACUACGACUUCCAUAAGAUGGCAUCGAGUCUGUAUAGGUCCUGCGUGACCAAUAUCUACCAGACGAAAGAUGGUCGCUAUUUUCACCUGCAUGGGAGCAUGAAUCCGAAGCCAUCGCUCGAUAGCAUCGGAUUCCCUGAAGAUCGACCUGAGCUCAAGACCUGGGAGGAGGCGAUACAGCCCUUUAUUGAGAAGCUGGCCACCAUCGAUUCGGCCGAGAUGCAGCACCUCGCAUCCGACGUCUAUAAGCAAGCCGGGGUGAUAGCAGAGACUGUGGACUCGUUUCGAGCCACCGAACACGGCAAGGCAAAUGCGCACGUCGGGCUCUUCGAGAUCCAUCCCACCCCAAAUCCUGCGCAGAAGCCUUCUUGGUGGCCGUCCACUCCCCAGACUUCGGCAGCCAGACCUCUAGCUGGGCUCAAGGUCAUCGAUCUGACGCGUGUCAUUGCCGCACCAGCUGUGACUAGAGGUCUGGCCGAACUGGGGGCAAGUGUCAUGCGCGUCACAUCCCCGAAUCUUGUAGAUUUCAGUGGGCUACACGUUGACCUCUCCUGGGGCAAAUGGCAAUGCAGUCUCGACCUGAAAACCGAAGAAGGGAAAGAGAAGCUCCGAGAUCUAAUCAAAGAAGCAGAUGUCGUAGUUCAAGGCUACCGACCGGAUGUGCUCGAUAAGUAUGGCUUCGGCCAACAGGGGAUCAUCGACUUGGUCAAAGAUCGGGAACGUGGCAUCAUCUCGGUUCGGGAGAACUGUUACGGCUGGAACGGUCCUUGGUCAUACCGCUCGGGAUGGCAGCAGAUCAGCGAUGCAUGCGUGGGGAUUUCUGCUGGCUUUGGCAAAGCUAUGGGUUUGAAGAACAACGAGGCCGUUACUCCUGUCUUCCCCAAUAGUGACUAUAUGACAGGCAUUGCCGGAGUGACGGGGAUCUUGAGCGCUUUGAUGAGGCGUGCAGAGGAAGGUGGUAGUUUCAAGGUGGAUGUCGCACUCAACUAUUACAACCAAUGGCUGGCAGAUUCCGUGGGAGAGUACCCCGAGCCCAUUUGGCAGGACGUCUGGAAGAGGAACGGAAACCAAGUCUUCCGGUGUUACCACAACAUGAACUACCUCAUCCCUCGGUAUAUGGGGAUGCUCAUGAAGAACAGCCAAAUCCUCCAUCCGUCUUUCUUUGAAGAUAGGCCGAGCAAAGCCAUCGAUGCCGUCGUGCGUACAAUCAAACCUAUCAUCAAAUUUGACAACGACCAGGUCCGCCUGGGUUAUAAUGUAGGCACCAGAGGCAACGGCAAAGACGCCCCACGGUGGCCGGAGGACCUUAUGACGGAGGUCGUGCAGUAA